AUGCCUGAACAAACUCAAAUCCCCCGUGUUCUUUGGGCUCAACAACGUGAACAUGUUUUAUUAACAAUUGCUGUGCCUGACAUAGAAAAAGUUGAUGUUAAAUUUGAAGAAGAAUCCGUGUCUUUUCAAGGUCAUUCAACAUCAUCGAAUGCUAAAGACAAUAAUACUUACGACGUUAAAAUUAAUUUGUACGGAAAAAUUGAUCCUGAAACAAGCAAAUAUGAAAAUAUUGGUCAAAAAUUUUGGCGUUUAUUAUUAAAGAAAAAAGAUUCUAAAGAUGCUUUUUGGCCACGUUUAACAAAAGAUAAAGCACGUUUACAUUGGUUACAAACUGAUUUUGAUCAUUGGAAAGAUGAAGAUGAAAGUGACGAUGAAAAAGCUGGACCGGCUGGUAACUUUCAAGAUAUGUUUUCUGGAGGUAUGGGUGGAAUGGGAGGAAUGGGAGGAAUGGGAAUGGGUGGAAUGGGAAUGGGAGGUAUGCCCGGUAUGGAUAUGGGUGAUGGUUCAGAUGAAGAAGAAGAAAAUGAAGAUUUAGAUGAUGAAAAACCACCUUCAAUGACAACUGAAAAUGGUACAAGUAAUGCAAACGAACAAGAAUCAAAGACACCUAAUGAUGAAUCUGUUUCAACAACAACAACAGGCGAACAAGAAACAACUACCAAAGAGAAAUCGGCAUAA